CUGCUGCCUCAUUCAGCUCGCUGCCUGACUUGGCCCUGUUUGACUGUGUAUUAAAAGUGGGUUUAAGAACUAUCUUUGCUUGUCAAGGUCGUCUGUCCUUGAGGUGAUUUUCCAUCUGCAGUAUAUAAAGCCAACCGUCCCUUCGCCUUAUUCAACAUUGCUCGUUCAGGUGUACGUGCACUGAAAAAGACCAGCAAAGAGAAUACCGUUUCUGUUCAGAGCCAUUUUUCAUCAUUAGCCAUGGAUGUGAAAAGUUCAAGAGUCGGCUCGCCUCUCCCUCCUCUGCAGAAAACAGCUCUCAGAAUUUACAGCAUGCGUUUCUGUCCCUACGCACAGAGAACAAGAUUGGUUCUGGCACACAAAAACAUUCCAUACGAAACGGUCAACAUCGAUCUGUCGAGCAAACCCUCCUGGUUCUUUGAGAAAAACCCUUUGGGCACAGUGCCUGUGUUGGAGAAAGGCGAUAAGAUCAUAUACGAGAGUACCGCCACGUGUGAGUGGUUGGAUGACGUCUACCCGCACAAUCGGCUCACACCUUCCGACCCAUACAUCAAAGCCAGGGACAGAAUGAUUCUCGAGUACUAUGGAAAGAUUACCGGCCUCUUCUAUGGCAAACUGAGAAAAGAUGACACGCUGGAAGAGGGAAUUCAGGAGUUGCAAACCCGCUACCAGUUCUUUGAGGAUGAGCUGGCUAGGAGAGAGGGGCCUCUAUUUGGUGGUGAGCAACCAGCUAUGGUUGACUUCUACAUUUGGCCUCACUUUGAGCGUCUGCCCAUAGUGGCCAGAAAAGACCAGAGGAUUGCAGUCAAUGUGACGUCAUUCCCCCGACUGGCCCGCUGGUACAGCGCAAUGUACAAAGUGCCUGCAAUCAAGGCCAUGGAGGUCGAUCCUGAUACCCAGGAAUACUUCCUGAAGACUGUGGUCGCAGGAGCGCCCGACUUUGAUUAUGGACUCUAGUUAGAAGCCUUGAAACAAGAUGCUGUGAACAUAGAUGUUCUACAGUAGCCCUGAGCAAUCAACCAGAGUGUGAAUGUUAUUGUGUGUGUAUGUGUGUAAUAUAUGUGUGUUUUUGUGUAUAUAGCGUGUAUGUGUAUGAGUGGGCAUUUGAAUGUGACGACACGUGUGUGUAUGUGUGUAUGCAGGUUUAUAAUUUGUGUGCAAGUCAUUCGUUUUUGUCAAGUGCUCUAACAUUUUUACUGCUAAACAAUAAAUAGCAUUGGAAACACAGUGCAUGUGCAACGAAA